AUGCCUCCGUUGAGACCGCACCGCAAAUCUCGAAACGGAUGCGACCAAUGCCGCGAAAGGCGGGUCAAAUGCGACGAAAUAGGCCCACCAUGCACAAAUUGCACAAAUCGCCAGCUAAACUGCACAUACCUGAAAGUUGAAGCGACGCGUAGCCGGACAGUUGCCAACGCGCGACCCUCCAAACAUCAAGCCCGACCAUCCAGCGAGCUCUCCGAGCACUCCGACCAGCGAUCGCUGAACGGCGUUGGCUCGCCCGUCUCAGAUUUUUCCACCCCGCAGGAAAUCGACCACUUAGAAUUAAUGCAUAAAUUCUCUACUGACACGUACAAAAGUCUCUGUGUGAGCGACUCCGAGACAUCAACCUGGCAAAUCACCAUUCCCCGCCUGGCGCUCAAACAUCCCUACCUGCUAAACGGCAUCAUGGCCCUAGCCUCCAUGCAUCUAGCCACAUCUGCCGAGCCAGCCGAUGCUCUCAUUUUCCAGGACAGAGGCCUCCAGUACUAUAACCGGAGUAUAAGUCCAUUCCGCCACGCAAUCGACAACAUCACGCCACAGAAUUGCGAUGCCGUGUUCGCGCAUUCCAUCGUCAUGAUCGCGAUCAGCAUCGCCUCGCCCCGUCUCACGGCCAUCAAUAACGAGACCACCAGCAUAACGGAGAACAUCGUCGUCUUGUUCGAGCUGUUGCAGGGCGUCAAGAAAAUUUUACAGGCCAGCAAGCCGUGGGUGAAACUUGAGCUUUUUACUCGCGGGGAAUUCUGGAAGAAGACUACUGCGGAGCUGAACGCUGAUGAGGACGCGGCACUUGCGCAUGUGCUUUCGUUGAACGAUCUUGUUAUGACGGGCGUGUAUGCGAAGCAGCAUGAUAUUUACCAGGAUGUUUUGUCGCACUUGCGGCACUGUUAUGCGAAAUUCGCUCGUUCGCCUGACCCGGCUCCUGUCUUGGCUUGGCUGGCGGCGGUGGAUAAGGAUUUCGUCGAUAGUGUAAGAUGUCGACAGCAUUUUUCGCUGCUAAUACUUAUGUACUGGGGCGUGCUGCUUCAUAAACUGGAUGGGAAAAGGUGGUGGGCUCGUAAUGCUGGGAAAGCAUUGGUCUCCGAGUUGAUGGAGGCGCUGCAGGGUGGUGAUUCUCGGUGGGAGAAUGCUCUUUCAUGGGUUCGAGGACAAAUUCCGUUAUAA